AUGGGAUUAUGGAGAGUGUAUUUUGAGAGGAAGCUUGAGGAUUUGGCUUAUGAUUGGCUAAGACAACUUGUUAGUGAUUUUGUUCUAGCACUUUCUUGGAUAAAAUGGAAACAAAAAAUCAGAAAGUUUAUAAAAGAAGGCCUAGAAAAAAGGCAAGGUCAACGGAAGAGUUCUGCUGGAGAAGCGGAUAGGUUUCCACAAGCUCGGAAACGAGAAGAAUUGACCUCGUCGGCUCGUGGUUCAGUUAGAGAAGAUGAAAGUGUAGAAGAUGAGGAAUCAAUAGAUCAGGAAGAUAAAAGUGAAAGUGGAAAAGAAAGUGUAGAAGAUGAGGAAUCAACGCAUCAAGAAGGACAAAAUGAAAGUGGAGAAGAAAAUGCAGAAGAUGAGAAAUCAACGGAUCAACAAGAAGAAAAUGAAAGUGGAGAAGAAAGGGAAGAAGAAACAAAUCAUGUACUUUUCGAACAAAGAAAAAAAGUAUUACAUGAUGAGAAUGCUGCCCCUUCGAGAUCAAAUUUUGCUGAUGAUUCUAAUACUGAGAUUCCCGAAUGCAUCAAGUCCAUUGAUCUUACAAAAUAUAGCUUCAAGACACAUUAUUCCGCGCACGGUGAUAUUCCGGGAAAGAUUUUUGUAAAGUCACCUCUAGGAGGAAAAGCAUUUCUUGAAUUCAGAGGAGUUCUGAUAGAACAAGGUCUUUUAGAUAGGUUCAAAAAAAGUUGUUUUGGGCAUUUUAUGGAUAUUCCAAUGCAGCGAGUAAAUUUUGGAUCGCUGAUAGUUCAUGGUCUUUUACUCUGA